AUGACAUUACUCUAUUUCUGCUUGGCUGCACUGGAUUUACUAGGUGAAAUCGACACGCCCGCCCUGAAAUCACGUAAAGAACGAUGCAUCAACUGGAUUUACGCUUGCCAAGUCAUUGGAGAUGCUCAAAAUGACACGGUUUGUGGAGGCUUCAAAGGCUCGACAUUCACCGGAGCUUCGUUCGACACUACUAAAAGGGUGUAUACAACUCAAGAGAUGGGCCAUAUCGCAAUGACUUAUACUGCAUUGGCAUGUUUAAGAAUACUGGAUGAUGACAUGAGUCGCGUUAACAAGGAAAACAUUGUGGUGACGCUGAAAAAGUUGCAGCAACCUGAUGGAAGCUUUGUGCCAUACUUGGGAAGCCGUGAAUCCGAUAUGCGGUUCUUGUACUGUGCAUGUGCCGUAAGCACUUUCCUUAACGACUGGCGGGGUGUAAAUCAACAAGCUGCCGUGUCAUUCAUACUGAAUAGCCAGAACUUUGACGGUGGAUUCGCACAAUCCCCGAACCUAGAAUCUCACGGUGGUUCAACAUACUGUGCUAUAGCAUCACUAUCACUCAUGAGUGCCAUACCUCAAGUGCUGUCAUCUCCAAAGAUACGAGAUGCGACAAUACGGUGGUUACUGUUUCGUCAACUCUCUGGAUUUAACGGAAGGCCCAAUAAACCACUUGAUACUUGCUACUCAUUCUGGAUUGGCGCAUCACUAAAACUACUAGACGCCUACCACUUUGUUGAUAAGGCAGCCAAUGAACGUUUUCUGGCUACUACUGAAUCUCAGAUGGGAGGCUUUGGGAAGGAGCCUCAGUCAUAUCCGGAUUUGCUACAUUCGUAUUUAGGUCUAGCUGGUUUAGCAAUUGGAGAUUUUCAUGAUCUCAAAUCAUUAUCGCCAGCUCUCAAUAUUGCCCAGCAUCGUGUUUGA